AUGCAAUGUUCGAGCAGUAUUAUAAACCCUUUAGGAUUCGAUUGCCGACAACAGGUAGCUGCCGCAAAAUGGCGGAAUUCUGUGAAUACCACCGGAUGGACAUUCCUUGAAAUCGAAACUCAAUCACGAUUUGAUCCCGAACUUCAAGCUUACGCAGCUGGAUAUCUUGAAGGCUUACAAUCUCGAGUGGUUUUACACUACCAUAUCCAAAACACAAUUAUGAAUUACUGUAACAACUUUACGCAGUACUGUAACCGAAUGACGGACUUCCUCAAUGAAAAUCAAAACUUCAUAAAAAAAAAACUAGGAACGACUGAUAGGGACGACAAAUACUGGUCGGCGGUGAAUCGAACAUAUUAUCAACUUACCGGUUUGAUCGACGGCUACGAAGGAAGGCCAAUCAAGCCUGAAAUUACGUUCGAAAUUCACCCUAUACUUUUGAUGAAUUGGAAUGGAGAUUUCUAUGAUCUCGAGAAGAAACUGAAUAAAACAAGAGACCCUGUCACUGACCUACUAGGAGGUCGUUGUUCUGGUCUAAUUAAGAUAGCACCGAACAAUGCUGACCUUUUUGUUUCACAAGUAACAAUGAGCGGAUAUCAGAACAUGCUCAGAGUUCUUAAACUUUACAAAUUCGGUUAUGAACGCAAAUUUUUCCCUGGCUAUACGACUUCUAUGGCUUCGUAUCCCGGUUUAUUAUACUCUUCCGAUGAUUUUGCUCUAAUGUCUUCUGGACUAGCUGUAAUCGAAACGACGAUCAGUGUCUUUGAUGUGAGUCUCUUCAAUAACACAAAACCCAUCGGACAGCUGCCAACAUGGAUUCGGGCGAUAGUUGCGAAUCAAAUGGCAAGAGAUGCUAGAGAAUGGUGUGAAUUGUAUGCUAGAUAUAAUUCCGGAACUUACAAUAAUCAAUGGGUCGUUGUUGACUACAACAAAUUCACACCUAACAAGCCAUUACCGAAACAUGGUUUAAUGUAUAAUCUGGAGCAAAUGCCGUGGCAAAAAAUGAAUGGCAAAUACCUCUCAAUGAAGGUGUAUACGAUUGAUUUCAGUGGUUCUGUAGUAUAUCAAGAUAUGACCUGGUUCCUUGAGAAGUACUCGUAUUUUCCGUCCUAUAAUAUUCCAUACUUUAAGAAAAUCACACGAAUGAGUGGAUUUAUUAAUCAGGGAAAGAAACUCGGUGAUUGGUUCGUCUGGGGAAAAUCACCUCGGGCUAGGAUUUUCGAAAGAGAUCAUCAUACUGUUAUCGACAUUGAUUCAUUAACGAGACUAAUGCGAUAUAACAACUACAAGGAAGAGGAAUUUUCGAAAUGCAAAUGUAAUCCACCAUAUUCGGCUGAAGCAGCAAUUUCGGCACGCGGUGACUUGAAUCCAGCAAAUGGAACAUACGAAUUUCCCGGGCAAGGACACGUCAAUCAUGGUGCGCUCGAUUACAAGGGAACAAACUUCAGUAUGAUGAAGAAUCUGGAAUUCCGUGCUCAAGGAGGACCAACAUGGGGAUUUGUGCCAGCAUUUAAAUGGAGCACUUCCGAUUUCGUACGUUGA